AUAAUGUUUUAUACCGUAAUAUUUGGCACGGUUUUGAUAUUAUUAUUCCUUUUUUGGGACAUACGUAAACCAGCGAAAUUUCCACCCGGACCAAAAUGGUAUCCCAUUGUGGGUUGUGCCCUACAAAUCUAUCAGUUGCGCGCCAAAUGUGGCAUGUUUUGCAAAGUUAUUGAUGAACUAACUCGUCAUUAUGUCAAUCCCUAUGGACUUUAUGGUUUGAAAAUAGGCAAAGAUAAGUUGGUUAUAGCCUACUACUCGGAUACCAUACAAGAGAUGAUGACCAACGAGGAUUUGGAUGGUAAACCCGAUGGUAUAUUCUAUCGAAUGCGCACUUUCAACUCCAAAAAAGGAAUACUUGUUACGGACGAAGAUUUGUGGGUGGAACAGAGACGUUUUAUUUUGCGUCACUUGAAAGAUUUCGGUUUUGCCCGCAGCGGCAUGGUAAAUGGCAUACAACAAGAAGCUUCGCAUCUUCUCGAUGAUUUGAAUGAUUUGAUACGAGAACAGGGUGGCAAGAGGCUCAAAGUUUCGAUGGUAAAUCUAUUUACGGUUUAUGUCUUGAAUACUUUGUGGGCAAUGAUGUCGAGCAAACGUUACGAUCGCAAAAGUGAGGAAAUCAAUGAUUUGCUGCAAAUGUUUUUUGAAUUAUUUCAACAUGUCGAUAUGGUGGGAGCCAUGUUUAGCCAUUUUCCCUUUAUGCGUUAUGUGGCUCCAAAUUAUUCGGGCUAUAAUGCCUUCGUGGAAAAUCAUGAACGUAUUUAUGCGUUUCUGCGUAAAGAGGUGGAUAAUCAUCGACAAACGUUUAAGCAUUACGAUAUACCCCGUGAUUUAAUGGAUAGUUACCUGAGAGAAUUGGAAAAUCCUGAUCGUAAAGCCUCCUUCACCGAAGAACAACUGCUAGCUGUGUGUCUGGACAUGUUUUUAGCUGGUUCUGAAACAACUAACAAAAGCUUAGGCUUUGCCUUUCUGCAUAUGGUGCGUAAUCCAGAAAUUCAAGAGCGUGCUUAUGAAGAAAUCAAAGAAGUUGUGGGUCUUGAACGUUUGCCUGAAUGGAAGGAUCGCACAAAACUGCCCUAUUGCGAAGCUAUUGUCUUGGAAGCUCUGCGUAUGUUUAUGGGUAACACUUUCGGCAUACCACAUCGGGCUUUGCGUAAUACUCGUUUGAGUGGUUAUGAAAUACCAAAAGACACCAUGGUUAUAGCCUGUUUUCGUGGUAUGCUUAUGAAUCCUGUCGACUUUCCCAAUCCUCAAAAAUUUGAGCCUGAUCGCUAUUUAAUCGAUGGAUGCCUUAAAGUACCCGAUGGUUAUAAUCCCUUUGGUUUUGGUCGCCAUCGUUGUAUGGGUGACAUUUUGGGACGUCAGAAUUUGUUUAUGUUUAUCACAACUGUCUUGCAGAAUUUCCGUGUUGAAGCUUUACCGGGCCCAUUGCCCGAUGAAGAGCCAUUGGAUGGUGCCACCGCUUCAGUGAGGCCGUAUGAGGCCUAUCUGGUGCCCAGACAGGGGUUUGUAGAUUAAUUUAAAAUAAUAUUUAAAAUCGAUAAAUUGUAUGGAAUAAUAAAAUCUUGUUUGCUAUAUGCUAUUGUGUA